UCUGGCCACCUAUGGGCGCAUCAACUGUUAUCUCUCCCAGGAUCAAUCCGAACAGUUAUGCAAUAGCUUUCACCUUAUCGAUUAUUUGGGACGCGUAGUCAUGCGGUUCAACUUUGCCAUCGCUAAUGCAAACGAGGAGACUACACAUCCCAACAGACAAAGCGGCUCGUUGCUUCACUAGUUACUCAUUGAGUGUAGUUCGCUCUACUUGAAAAUCCGUUCAUGAUUCGGUUCAUUAAUAAAUAGUUGGGUGUCAUGGCGGAAUCUGCAGCAUGUCCUGCUUUCCAGCUCGGAAGACCCCGAUACGACCAGAGUUCAUUCCUCGGUCGUCUGAGACACUUCAUAGACAUCAUUGACCCGAGCACCCUGUUUGUAUCCGAGAAAGGGUUGAAAGAAUGCAUCAAACUACUGGAUGAUUACAAAGAUGGCAAGCUUCCACCUGGAGUCUCUGAUCAUCAGCUGUGGGAAGCCCAGAAGAUCAAGCAGGCCAUCAUUCAUCCUGACACAGGAGAGAAGAUCUUCAUGCCAUUUCGAAUGUCAGGUUAUGUACCAUUUGGAACACCAAUUGUCAUUGGCCUUCUUCUCCCAAAUCAGACUGUGGUGUCUACCAUUAUAUGGCAGUGGCUGAACCAGAGUCACAAUGCCUGUGUGAACUAUGCCAACCGCAACGCCACAAAGCCUACACCAACAUCCAAGUUUCUCCAAGGCUACGUAGGAGCAGUGACCAGUGCUGUUUCUAUUGCAGUGGGACUGAAUGUGCUGAUCCAGAAAGCCAACAAGCUGAGUCCUGCCACCAGAAUGAUAAUCCAGAGAUUUGUCCCUUUCCCAGCUGUAGCUUGUGCAAACAUCUGUAACGUGGGCCUGAUGAGGCACAAUGAGCUAUCUGAAGGUAUCGAUGUGCUGGACAACAACGGGAAUGUGGUGGGAUCCUCCAAAACUGCUGCAAAACACGCAAUCAUGGAGACCGCCUUCACACGUGUGGUUCUCCCGAUGCCGAUCUUUGUGCUGCCCCCCAUCAUCAUGUCCUACCUAGAGAGGCUGAGAUUUCUGCAGAGCAACCGCAGAUUGUUGCUGCCUAUCCACAGCGUUGUGUGCCUGGUUACCUUUGGCCUCUCCCUGCCUGUGGCCAUCAGCCUGUUCCCCCAGAUGUCUCAGAUUGAGGUGUCUUGCCUGGAGCCAGAGAUUGCCAUGGCAACAGAUUGCAAGGUGGUGACCUACAACAAGGGUUUAUGAUGGAGGCUCGUGGUGUGGGAGAGGAGCAGAGAGGACAGGGGGGCGAGGAUGGAAAUGAGGCUGCAUUGUGAAGCUACAGUAGGGUUCCUCCACCAUAGCAGAGACUGUAGAUCAUCAUGUACUAACCUCUAAACAUUCCCAGCAAUUAUUGAGUCAAGGGUUCUUUCUUGAUUUUAAAAGGGGGACAGUUUUUUUUGCUGUUUUCAGGAGCAUGGAAGAAGCUCUGUAUAUAGAAAUUAUGAUAUAUUUACUGUGAGAUAAGUUUUUUAGCAUUAAUACAAUUUUAAUAUAUCCAGUACUGUGUUUCCUACAUAUAGGCCAUAUUUGUUUCCCAAUCAAGUGUUAUUUAUGGCUGCUAAUGAUGACAAAUGUUUAUGAAUACAGUUUAAACCUGCAAUAACAAUUUUUGUGUCCACUUUGUAAACACGAUAUUGAGAUAUUAUAAUUUUCUGACCUUGUGCUACAUCCAGCACAUGCUGAGCUACAGAGACUUCCUCUAAAGUCAUGUUUUUGACCACUUGGCAAAUGUGAGUCCAAUAUCUACUUGUUUUUUGUCCUCACCAGCUCCUGAGGGAAGUAUCUCUAGCCGCUGAAUGCUCCACUAUGUUCAACAGCUAGUCACUAACUUAUUGAUCUGUUUUCCGCUGAUAUAUCGACACAGUGGAUCCAUCAGUUAGGUUCUACUUUGUUGUAUUAUUGUGAUAGAGACGGUGGGCGGUUUGAAUGAAAGCUUCCCCUCAUGUAUAUUUUUGACCUGUGGGAAACUGCAAUAAUAUUCAAAAUAAAAGUCUUAGAAAAGUCCCAGGAAACUGCUGAUAUAUUCUCUAUGUUGAUCUCUAUGGAACAAUAUUGCCAUUGUGAAGCCACUCUGUGUCAGUGGCUGUAUACUGUGGAGACUGUGCUGUAGAUGUAUAGUUUACAGACUGUUUGAACUGGUGAAUGACAGUUUAUCACAUGCCAGGUAUUUUACCCGAAUAAUGUAAAAAAACAUCAAGAAUUCUACUGUCUUGGUAUUUUCUUUUCUAUAUUAGCCAAAGUAUCUUUCUUUCUUACUUGUAGGAAGGACAUUUUACUCCACUAUUGACUGUUUCUUAAACCACUAUUGUAUUCCUAAAGAAUUACUUCUUUUGUAUGAUAUAAAAGUAUAACCUUUAUAUUACACUACUGAUUAUGAACUAGUAUUUUAAUUGUUUGGUAUAAUACUUAUGCUACAAGGUUAUUAAAUGUUUGCUAGUCAAACAAUGUAAAACAUGUAUCUAUAUUAUCUAAAAUUAUAUAAUAAACACAUUUUCUUCA